AUGACUUCGGUGUGGAAGAGACUUCAGCGUGUCGGCAAGAAAGCAUCGAAGUUCCAGUUUGCGGUGACUUUUCAAGAACUGACAGUAGAAUGCACGAAGAAAUGGCAGCCAGACAAACUGAGAGUAGUAUGGAGCAGGAGAAACCGGAGAAAUUGCACCAAGCUGCAUGGGUGGCAGCCUGGCAUCAAGAACCCCUACAGGGGCACGGUGGUGUGGCAGGUGCCCGAAAACCUGGACAUCACCGUCACACUCUUCAAGGACCCGACUGCAGAUGAAUUUGAAGACAAGGACUGGACAUUCAUCAUUGAGAAUGAGACUAACAAGGGCCACAGGAAGGUGCUGGCGUCGGUGGACGUCAACAUGAAGAAGUUUGCCAGUGCCACGCCUGCCCAGUACGACCUGACGCUGAAGCUCAAGCCCCUGUCUGUGAAGGUGGUGGAAGCCACACUCAAACUGACCUUGACCUGCGUCUUCCUCAAAGAGGGAAAGGCCACAGAUGAGGACAUGCAGAGUCUGGCCAGUCUGAUGAGCCUGAAGCAGAGUGACAUCGGCAACCUGGACGACUUCAACGAUAGUGACGAGGAGGAGGGCGAGAGGAGGGUCAGCAUCGGAGCCGGCAUGGGCCCCGCCACUCCUGUCACAGCUGCCAGUGAGAUAGUGCCAAAUGAGCUACUCCAAUCUGUCUCUACCAUCUCACUCCUGUCACGCCCCCCUCUGCCCGUACCCCUCGACCCCUCUGCCCCGCCUCCCGCCCCUGCCGCCCGCUCCCGACUCAACACCGACCCCGAGGGCACCACUCACCCGGCACGACCCUCCCCCUAUCCCUACCAAGUGCCAGCCUUUGUCUGCUCCCACCCACCUGCACUGGCAGAAAUCUUCCAGCCCGCCGCUGGCUCAGUGCCCAUAUCUGUAGCCCGGAAGCCCCCUGGCUUCCAGAGUGACCCGGCUCUGGACCCUGACACUCUUUCUGAGGCUCCUGGUCUCUCCAUCAAGACCCCUCUCAGCCUCCAUCAUUGGGCAUUCCUCCACCUCUCCUCUUCCUCCUCUUCCCCAUCCGUUCUUCCACAUCCCUCUUUGUCUGAUAUUCCACAGACAGAUCCUGCUUCUGCCACUGUCCCCCAGUCAGAGUUUCAGAGGCAGUUGAGCACUCUGACAGAGGAGGAAUACAGCACUGCCACAACUCCCAACCACACUGCUGGAAUGAUCAGUAUUGCCAGUCAGAGGCCAGACCCAACAACAUCCACACUUGACCCAUUGGCUAAGCCCUUUGGGACAACAGUCCAUGAGAGAAGGCAGGAGGCAUUCUCAAUGUUUGGAGUGGAGGUUGUCCAGGCAAUGGCAGGUGUCCUCGACAGCCCACAAAUAGAGAAAAUCCCAUCUGAGGAAUCUGAGGAGAUCCAGAUGUCCUCUGCAGUGUUAGAACCAGAGCUAGUCUUAGGAUGGGAGGUGUUGGAGGCUGAGGGGUCUGUGGCAGAGAAGCAGCAGGAGGCCUCUGGCCAAGUACAGACCAUUGUUGGUGUCUUCUCCAAAGGAUGCUACCGACCAAAGACCUGGCAUGCCUCUAUUGGGGAUAACACCCAGUCACCUGCAGCCUCUGGGCUGGAACCACCUCAAAGCAACAAGAGGAGCAGUAGUCUUCCGUACCCCCUGGUGGCCAGCUUGCAGCAUCUGGGGAAGAGGUGGUUACUCCUCUGCAAAAAGAGGAACUCUACAAUGGACUCCUCAUUCACCAGCCAGACAGACUUCCUUGAGGGCUCGCUGUCUCUCUCUCAGGAAGACAAACAAGACACCAGUCAGGAAGCCACAGAGGGUUCAAUAUCAUCAACCUCAAACAUGGCCUCCGAAGGGAGCUUUGUCACAAUUUCUCGCUCAGAGGAGAUGUCACCAGAAGUACAACUCUGUGAGAAGGGACUGGAGGAGAGCGGGGAGAGCUGGAUCUUCACAGAAACCACUAUGGUCACCGAGGCCUUCACAGAAACCACUAUGGUCACCGAGGCCUUCACAGAAACCACUAUGGUCACUGAGGCCUUCACAGACACUGCUAUGGUCAGUGAGUUCUUCGUAGACACUGCCUUCACAGAAACCCCUAUGGUCACUGAGUUUUUUGAAGACACUGUAAUCAAGGAUAUUGAGAGAGGUUCAGAGGCAGAAGCGCUUGACACGACCUCUCCAACCACCGGUACGCCAGCUGAGGACGACUGGUUACAUGUUGAGGGAGCCAAAGAGACAGAGCAGAUGGAGGUAGAGAGCAAAGACAUGUGGGUUGAAGAGAUGGACUUUGGCUUUGAGUCAGUAGACAUAUCUGCUGGUGGCUUAGAUGAGAAGAGGCAGCAGGGGGCAGCAGAGGAGCCAACAACGCCUAAAGGCGGAGCUGUAAACUCUCAGGAAAUGGGUCUAGGCAGUGCUGCUUCCCCAGAAGGUCUCAUGGCCAGUCCUGGCCUUGUUACCUCCAGCCAGUCCCUACUGGAGUGGUGUCAGGAAGUCAUCAAAGAACACAAGGGGGUCAAGAUCACCAACUUCAGCACAUCCUGGAGGAACGGCCUGGCCUUCUGUGCCCUGCUACACCACUUCCACCCGGACAGGAUAAACUUUGAGAUGCUGGACCCUUAUGACAUCAAGAGCAACACCAAGAAGGCCUUCGACGGUUUCGCAGAGUUGGGCAUCUCACGGCUGAUAGAGCCCUCAGACAUGGUCCUCCUGGCCGUGCCUGACCGCCUCAUCGUCAUGACCUACCUCAACCAGAUCCGCACCUACUUCACGGGCCAGGAGCUGAGUGUGCUGCACAUCGAGGCGGACAACAGUGAGUCCAGUUACGGCAUGGUCGGGGAGAGCCGGGUGGGCCCCGACCCGGAGGCCGCUGCACGCUACUGUCAACGGAUCCAAGAUGAGGCCCUCACAAUGGAGACCAAUGUGGGCGCUGCAGAGAAGAAGGCGGAUAGUGACACUAAGGAGGGCACCAAUAGGGAAGUGGUCCCACCCCCUAGAACCAAACGCCUGCAGGCUGCAGGGGAAGCAGGAGGGGCCCAAGCCCCCGUCGUACCCCCCAGGACACAUUUUCUAUCUGCCAAGUCUGGGUUCUCCCACCUAAAGGAUGCAGAUCUGAUUAAGAAACGACGGUCACAACGCAGGUCAAUAGUCGAGGCAGACUCAACCGAGUUACAGGUUGCUACAGCACAGGAAGAGAGUGGAGCUGACAGAAUAAAAUCAGAAACAGGAAGGACAGCUGGUGAAGAAGGACGAUCGGCUGAGGAGGACACCAGCCAGUAUGUGCUGAGGGAGAUGCAGGCCCUAGAGUUUGAACAGAAGCACAUUGACAGCAGGGCAGACAUCGUGGAAAGGAGACUACGGCAACUGAUGGAGUCAGGUAGUGAGAAGAUGCAGGAGGAGAAGCUGAUUCAGGAGUGGUUCACUCUGGUCAACAAGAAGAACGCCCUCAUCAGGAGACAAGACCAACUACAGCUAUUGCAAGAAGAGCAGGACCUGGAAAUGAGGUUUGAGAUGCUGAACCGAGAGCUGAGAGACAUGAUGGCUAUUGAAGAGUGGCAGGAGACAGUGGCCCAUAAACACAGGGAGCAGCUGCUACUGCAGGAGCUGGUGUCUCUGGUCAACCUGAGGGACGAGCUGGUCCACGACAUGGACGCCAAGGAGAAAGGGGCUCUGGAGGAGGACGAGAGGCUGGAGAGAGGCCUGGAGCAGAGACGCAGGAAGUACAGCAAGAAGAGCAAGCAGGAGAAGUGUGCACUGCAGUGAGGCCUGGCGUUGGACACACCUGAACCAGGCAGCCUAGUAGAAGGUCACACCCGAACCAGGCAGUCCAAUUGAAGAUCACACCUGAACCAGGCAGCCCAAUUGAAGUUCACACCUGAACCAGGCAGCCCAGUGGAAAGUCACACCCGAACCAGGCAGCCCAGUGGAAAGUCACACCUGAACCAGGCUGCCCAGUGGAAGGUCACCUGGAUGCACAUUGGGACUAAAGUUGUAUGUGUGUGGAUCAUGACAUCAACACUGCAUGGAAGAGACUGAGAACUGUGUUAUGGGACUGCACUAGGAGGACAUAAAACAAUGUUCACUCACCCCCUCUCUAUGAUAUGACAGAGCCUCAUUGCAACCUAUGACUGGUUGUCAACAGUCACCCUGCUCUUCAGAUUGUGUUUUGAUUGGAUUUAAGUUGUUUUUUUUUGUGCAUAGUGUGUGUGUACUGUUAGGUUUUAAUUUUGAGUAAAUAACUCAUGGACACUAGAGAAGCUUAACCAAGUUGAAUUCUUUCCAAAGGGUCGUUACAGCUGUAAUUCAGACAAAGACAAAGCUUCCCCCGUGGUAGUAUUCAUACCCCACUUUGGGUGGAGUCUCCUCCUUAUCGCUAAACAUUGCAUCCUUCCUGCUAAUGAGCCU